AUGUCCUCACGAACACUGCGUGUCGCGGUCACGCAAGCUGAACCAGAAUGGUUCGAUCUUCAGGGCACUGUCGACAAAACCAACCGCCUCAUAGCAGAGGCAGCCGGCAACGGCGCGAAACUGAUUACCUUCCCUGAAGUAUGGAUUCCCGGGUAUCCCGGUUGGAUAUGGGCGCGCCUCGUCGACCCUGCGUUAGGUACGCGCUACAUUCAGAAUUCGAUGACUGUGGACGGCCCGGAAAUGCAAUCAAUCCAAAAAGCCGCACAAGAGAACUCCAUUGCCGUCGUCCUCGGCUUCUCUGAGCGUACCUCAUCAAACAGCCUCUACAUCUCACAAGUCAUCAUCUCGCCGCAGGGCGAAAUCCUGCUGAAGCGCCGCAAGCUGAAGCCUACACACAUGGAACGCACAGUCUACGGCGACGGCUCCGGAAGCGACCUCACCAAUGUUGCGGAAGUGGACUUCGGCUCCGGCGUCGGAAAAGUCAAAGUCGGGACUCUGGCGUGCUGGGAACACACGCAACCAUUGCUCAAGUACAACACCUACUCGCAAGAAGAAGUUGUGCAUGUAGCGAUGUGGCCUCCGCUAGACCCCUUUGGUGCCCAACCUGCGCCCGAGAACCCCGGUCUCUUUAGCAUGAGCCACGACGGCGCGUACGCGCUCUCGACAACCCACGCUAUCGAAGGCGGCACCUUCGUCCUCUACACCACUGCCGUGUGCACAGAGAAGGGCAUCGACGCCUUCCAAUCCAAGGAUGGUCUAAUCUUCCGAGAGGCAGGCGGUGGACACGCCGCUGUGAUUGGACCUGAUGGAAGGCGACUGACGAAGGACCUGGAGUGUGGGCCGACGAAGGAAGGGAUCUUGUUUGCGGAUUUGGAGUUGGAUAGGGGACUGGGGGUUAGGGCGUUCACGGAUGUGGUCGGGCAUUAUUCGAGGCCGGAUUUACUGUGGCUGGGCGUAGAUAGGCAGGAGAAGAAGUGUGUCGUUGAGAGGCCAAGGGAGCAGCAGUAG